AUGUUUCUCCUGGCGGUGGCUUUCUUUACAGGCAUGGAAGAUGCUGUAACAUCACUGCUGCUAGCUGGAAAUCUUACCACACCAAGAUCAUGGAUUCAGAGAAGUCAUGUUUGGCAACAGAUAUCGACGAAGGAAAGAACGAGACAUUGUUCACUGGUAGCGCUUGAAUUUGGAAUCGAAGAAAGCUACUUGGUAAUGGCAAACAAAAACCAUCAGCUUGGCGGCGAUGCCUUCAUGCCGGACACUAUUCUGAAACACUUCAAGCCUUCGCGCACCAAUCCGAUAGUCCCAUUGCGACAAUCAAUGAGGGCGCCGAGCGGCUUAGCAAGCAGCUACCCCGCGACUUCCGGAAGGACAUCCGAGACUGUUGGCGAGGUUGGCAAGUUGGGCACAUUUCCAAGCUUCAGCCCUUGGCUGAUCUUGACUUUUGGAAAGUCCGAGAUGAAGAUGCCUUGGCAAUGA